AUGCAUCGCUUCACUAUUGGCAAGCUCGUCGAAAAGAGCGUCUUCAUCACCGGCGCGAACCAAGGCCUCGGUCUCGAGACAGCCCGCGCUCUCCACGCAACCGGUGCCACUGUCUAUCUCAGUGCCAGAGACCGUGCCAAGGGCCAGCAGGCUAUCGACGACAUCAAGGCGUCGGAUCCAACCAACGAUGCCCCCCUGCAUAUGGUUGAGCUUUCUCUCGACUCGUUGGAGUCCGUCAGAAAGGCCGCCAAGGACCUUCUUGCCCUGACCGACAAGCUAAACAUCUUGAUCCUCAACGCGAGAAUCAUGUUCCCUCCCAAGGGCAAGACAGUAGAUGGCUUUGAAACGCAGCUCGACAUUAAUUAUCUCGGCCACUUUCUCCUAUUCCAGCUCCUCAAGCCUGCCCUCCUGGCCGCAUCCACUCCCGAUUUCAACUCUCGAGUUGUGUCCCUUUCUUCAACGGGUCAUCGCGCCGGAGGAAUUCGCUUCGAAGACUUGAACUUUGACGAGCCGGACUCUUACAACCCGAUGCUUGCAUACGGUCAGGCUAAGACGGCCAACAUCUACCUGGCUAACGAGAUCGAACGGCGCUACGGUUCCCAAGGACUACAUGCCAUUUCUCUGCACCCCGGCGUCAUUAGUACGAACCUCGCAAAGUACAUGGAUCAGGCAACCAAGGACUUUAUGGGGAACCACCCGGGCUUUCAGAAGCAGUUCAAGAGUGUCACCCAAGGUGCCGCAACCACCGUCUAUGCUGCGGUGAGCAAGGACUGGGAGGGCAAGGGCGGCAAGUACCUGUACGACUGUGCCGAGGCUGGCCCAGUGCGCCCGGACUCGGAUUACAUGUCUGUCGACGACGGCUACGCUGAGUGGAUUUACGAUGAAGACAAGGCGUCCAAGCUUUGGGCAGAGUCUGUCAAGCUGGUCGGCCUCGAGAACGAUGCUUGA